ACAAUCAGCCAGAGAAAGCAGACGUCCUGUCACGGUGGGAAUGUUUAAUAUGCAACGACCUAUAUAAACAUAUACCUCCUUCUUUACUUUAGCGCGAUCUUGAAUUUUGCCGAAAUACGUCAGUGACGUAAUAAUAAUGAUAAUAAUAAUAAAAUGACAGGCUGACGCUCAUAGACACAUAUACACUUAUCUCAACGUUGUAAACCCGAGAACACAGUUUGUGAUUAUUCGUAAAGGAAUUUUGUCAACAUCGUGUAUUUUUGGUGAACGUCGUGUCGAAAAUAUACUGUUUUGAUCUUGUUGACUCAACGCGCUCUAAAGUAAUCGUAAUCCUCGAGUAUGGUGGUUGAAUUAGUGUUGACAGUAUUGAUGUAUAGGACAGCUAGGUGAUAUCGUGUGAUUGUUAUAUUUACCAGUACAAACAAUUUUAGUUUCACUAUGCAUCUAGGUAUUUUAGAUGGGCCCCCGUUUUCUUUAAUCAUCACAAAUUGUGGUACAAUUAAUUAGUGCAAUAAUGAUUUAAAUAAUUAGUUCUUAACUGGAGUAGCGGUUGUAAUACUUCAUAUGGCUGUUGUAUCGUGUUGUGUCAUGUGAAGAACAAACAGGAAUCUAGAAUUGCAACAGCUAUGGAACAUGAAACAAUUGGUUGGGUGAAAAAAGAAGUGAUGCAAUUGGAAUCUAGCUCCACGCUCGUAGAGGAGCCAUCAGGAAUCACAACUUCAAGAGAUGAUGUGAAAAUGGAUCCAGAACUAAAAGUAGAAGUGACUUCUAGUGAAUGGAAUGUUUAUCCACUUGCUGUUGAUGCACUUUCCAACUGUGAUUUACGGAGCAUUAAGAAAGAGGUUCCUGAAGAGCCAUUAGCAGUCUCAGAGUUCACUAGCUGUAUUAAAGAGGAACCAGACCUAGAUUUAGGGAUCGACACAACUGACAGUAAUGUUAUCUCAGAUGUCCAAUGGAAACUACGUGCUUCUUCCUUCUGCAGUGCAAGUAAUAUGAGCAUGAUGGGGAAUAAUUUUGGUGACUUCACCUGUAGUACAUGCCUACAAAGAUUUUCAUCAAAAUACAGCCUUAUAAUGCACGUGUUCAUUCAUAUUGAUGCUGUGGAUGUGCCAUCACAUGUUUGUAGAUGUUGUGGUGAAGUGUUUCACAGUGAUAAUUGUCUGAAUAAGCACAUGAUGAAAAAAGAGGAAGAUAGGACUCUAAUUGCUCACCCACUUGCUGACACCAAUAAAUGUAGUGGUACGUGUUCAUGUGGGCAGUUUACAAACAUUGAUCAUACAUCACAGAGGUGUUAUAGUGAACCCGAUAACUACUCUCUCUGUCAAAACAACUCUAAAUUAGUUUCUACAUGCACGGUACACACAAAGCCAUACAAAUGUGGCAAAUGUUGCAAAUCAUUUGCUUAUGCUUCUCGUCUCCAAGCCCAUGCUGUAGUGCAUUCUGGAAUAAAGUCAUACAAAUGUGAUGUUUGUGGCAAACUGUUUGCAAGAUGUGAUCAUCUUAAAAAUCACAAAUUAGUGCAUUCUAAAGUAAAGCCAUACAAAUGUGAUGUUUGUGGCAAACUGUUUGCUAGAGUUCAUAAUCUCAAGAAUCAUUCCUUAGUGCAUUCUGGAGUGAAAUCAUACAAAUGUGAUACUUGUGGCAAAUUGUUUGCCCGAGUUCAUAAUCUCAAAGCCCAUGCAGUAGUACAUCUUAGGGUGAAACCACAUAAGUGUCAUGUUUGUGAAAAAUUGUUUACUAGAAUUGAUAAUCUCAAAAGCCAUAUCCUAUUGCAUUCUAAAGUGAAGUCACAUAAAUGUACUGUUUGUGGCAAAAUGUUUGCUAGAGCUGAUCAUCUCAAAUGCCAUGGGCAAGCACUGCAUCCUGGCACGAAGCCACAUAAAUGUGACGUGUGUGGCGAAUCUUUUGCUAACCUUCAUGAUAUCAAGUACCAUUUAUUAGUACAUUCUGGGGCAUAAUCACGCCAGUGUAAUGUGUAUCAUAAUUUAUUUACUGGAGUUGGUGUACUUAAAGUCCAUUUAGUAGCGCAUUCUCAUAUGAAGGAAAUCUUUUGCAGGGAUUUUUUGUCUCAAAAUUCAUAUGCUAGUUGCAUUCUUAAAUUAAGGGACAUAUAGCUUCAGAUAAAAUAAUGAAAGAUGCUCAUACUAGUUGUGUGCACACAAAGUUUGCACUUAGUUAAUUGUUUGAACAUUAUUGCGAGAUUUGCCAUGGGAGUUUUAUUUGUGUGUGUGAAUCUGUCCUUCUUGUCACAAUAAAUAUUCAUAUUUUUGUGACACAUAUGUUUUGUAUGUGUAAGCAGAGGAAAGUGUAUAUAAAAAAGAUAAUCUCUGUUGCUGUAGUUUUGUUCCAUAACUUGUUUAUAGCAUUGAUGUGCAGCUGUUCGAAGAUUCUGGCAAGUAUGCUUAAGAUUAAUAUUUCAGUCCUUUUAUUUGUCUUAAAAGUAUAGAAAAGCAUGUGUGUAGUGAGAGAGUUGUACUGGAAUGUGUAGUUAGUUAAAAAGUACCAUAUAAUGUUAAAAUUCAGUUCCAGGACUGACUUUUGCCAUGUCCAAUGUUUCUUGUAAUACGUAAAGUACAUAAAUACCAUUUCUGCUAUAAACUCCAUGAUUUUCUGUACUUCAUCAAAUUUUGCCUUUUUUCUUCAUUUUUAUAUAAAAUUGUUCCUAGCACCAGUAGAUAUGCUUAUGUGAUUUAAUUUGUGGAUGACCUAACACUUGCACUGCAAAUAUUUUGGAAAUGGAAGGUGCUAUCAGUAUGCGGUUUACACAGAACUGAACUGCAUGCAUAUUUGCAGCUUAUACACAGAUUUUGAGACAUUUCUGGAAGUACAGUUAUUUGCAACAGUUACAAAUUUUUAAAUGGGACUGUGUCUAUUGACCAUUAAAUCUGGAAAGUAGUAUAAAUGAGAAUGUCUACAGUGGAUUUGCAGGAAGCUAAUUCAAGUAGUUUACAAGUUAUUGUUUUGUGAAUAUUGUAAACACCAACAGCUGGUUGUUCCAUCCUGUUCCUUAGAUACUAGGUGAUGAUGUUGUGUUUGUUUACAUUGUGUAAUGUGUACACUGUAAUUGCAUAGUGACAGUCCUGCCAGUUAUUGUGUGAUAUUGAAUGCAGUUUGACUUGCUUGAAAGAUGGUAUGUCCCAAUGUGAAAUAGUGGACAUACUAAUGGUUUUUGGUGAUUGUAGGAAGAAUAUCAUUCGUUCGUAUACCAUGUUCAUCAAAAAAUAUCCCUAUAGAUGUCAACCAUUGUUAACCUCUUCAAACAAUAAUGGUUGCAGUGUCACCUGCUUGGAAGAUGGCAUUUUCCAGUCCAGAAAAAGUGGACAUGCUUAUGGUUUAUGAUGACUACAGGAAGAAUGCCGUUCAUUUGUGUACCAUGUUCAUCGAAAAUAUCUCAGUAGAUUGCAACAAUUGUGACAGUUAUUUGUAAACCUUUUCACACAGUUACCUACAAGUUGUAAUGUAACCCCUAAAAUAUGUAACAGAAUGACAUGUGUGACAGGAGAGGGGGGUGAAAUGAAUGUUGUGGUUGCUGUAGGAGUAGAUCUGCAAAGUAGUUCCCAUAUAAUUGCAUGGGGAAAUGGCAUGAGUCAUGCAAGUGUAUGUACUACACAUUCUGCAUCAUAAUACACUCCAUCCAUAUCACAUAUCUCUUCAUAAAACACUGCAUGGAAAUGAUUUUGUGAAUCAUUUGAACUUUUGCACAUGGGCAUUAAGACAAAAUAUUCUGUAAAUGUCAUAUAUCUUGUUUAUAUACGAAGCAACAUUUACUAAUCGUGGCCAAGCAAGUCUCAAAAACAUACACCACUGAGUUGUUGACAAUCUCCAUUUUCUUCAUAAGGUGCAAUGUCAGCAUCCAUGGAGUUUAAAUGUGUCGUGCGAAAUAGUGCACCACCAUAUGAUAGGCCUGUUGUUCAUAGAGGGAACACUGGAUUUACAUAAGUAUCUCACCUCCUAAUGGACCAUCUUCCACAGAUGUUAGAAGACGUUCCCCUCAGACUAGAAGGAACCUGUGAUAUCAACACGACAUCUGUCUGGUCCAUAGUGCAUGGCUACGAUUGUGUGUCUUAAGGGAUUGUUUCGUGAUUGAGAGACUGGACAGGAAGGGCGUGCACCUCGGAUGGCUCAUUUCCCAGAUUUGAUGCCACUGGCAUUUCUGUGGCAGAACCUGAAAGACACUGUCUACGAGGUCAUACCAAUGACACCAGAUGAUGUGAAAUGGCGUGUUUCUGCUUCCUGUGCUGCAAUUUCCACUGAAAUGCUAGAACAUGUGCAUGCAGCAAUCUUUGCAUAGCAUACUGCAAGCUUUUACUGAUCCCAGUGGUGGUGAUGCUUAGACUUUGAUGGUAGAAUGUUUCUUCACAUGUCAGACCCCACAGUGGUACUGUUGUUUGUCCUAGGUAUUGUUGCAUUUAACAACACGACUGCUCUGGAGAUGCAUUAACAUCUGAAUAGGACUGCACAAAUGUACUCAUGUCUGAUUCACAUUCAUUUGAGCCACCACAUAGUGCAAAAAACUGUUCAACUUUACAAUAUUCAAACUAUGAUAUCUCAUAAACCACUUGCUCUAGAUUUCCGAAAUAAAUAUGAUUGACAUUCUAAUUUACUCUAUGUACUUUUGGUUGUAGUACUGUCAGUAGGCUUUGUUCCAUUGAAAAAUUUGUACCUUUUGUAAAUAAACACAUUUGAAACUAAUAGUACUGUGUAGAGGCUGCAAAGGCAGGCCCCUAAAAUCUGUGUAUCAAUGGUGCCUUCCGUUGCCAAAAUAUUUGCAAUGAAAGUUUUAAGGGAUUAACCCUGUAAUUACUUGUCAUGUAGAAGAACUAAGUUUGCAUUUUGCAUCUGUAAUAGGUCAAAUUAUGUAAAUGUAGAUGUGUUGCAGAAAAUUAAAUAAUUAGAAAACUUUUGCUCAGUGAUACUAUGAUGUGAGACUUUCUGACAAAUUAAAAUCUGUGUGUUGGACCAAGGAUCAAACCUGAGACCUUUGUGUUUGCUGGGCAAAUGCUCAACUGACUGAGCUACACAAAGUCUUGUGCUUGAUACCUAGUCCAGCACAAAGAUUUUAAUCUGUCAGGAAGGUUCAAUUUACUGCACAUCACUGCAGUACAAAAAUUGUUUUCAAAACUCUUUGAUGAAUUGUUUUGUAGAUUGUCAGGCUAGUUCACUGUUGAAGGGGUAUCAGGAACAGUGACAAAAGUAAUGGACAUUCAACAUAUAGUAAAGGAAAAAGUUUUUCAAUAAAGCAAACAUAUGUUUAUUGUAACCUCUAAGUGUGUAGGAAUGAUCCUUGGAGAAAUAGAUGCAGUAGGUAGACACAGAUAAACAUAGUGCACAUUCCUUUAAUAACCACAGACAGGUACAGUAAGAUUUGAUUGUACAAUACAAAAGUGGCCUAAGGAAAGACAAAGAAAACUAUAUAUAAUAUAUAUCACACUUCACUGUUGCAGUAACUAGCUAUUUUCAACACCUAGUUCACCUCAGCAGCCCCUUCCCCCCUUCGUUUCUUUUCUUUUCUUUUUUUUUUUUAAGCAAAAAAGACCUUCAGCCCCAUGAAUGUCGCAGAAUCGGUGUUUGAAAACCCAUCUGCCUCAUGUCCUGGUCAGUGGAAAUUUCUGUGUGCCUGGAUUUACAAUCCCAUGCUUGCUAUUUGAACUGGUGUCAUCUGUGUCUACUGUAUGUGCAUUGUCGACUGCUGGGUGAACCUGGCCUAGAGGUAUGGAGGUGGUGUCCAUCGAGUGUCCAUAUCCAGAUGAGUCUGUUUAAUCUGUUUGAUAGGCACAAAUUCUUCACAUCUGUUCCAGCAAAGCUUGGGUUUGUGGGCUCCGCUGCAGCACUUUGAAUGAUUCCAUGUAUGGAGGCGAUAGGGAAGGGCUAACAAAUUCAUCACAAAACCCUUGCAUGAAAAUGGGUUUAUCUCCUUGAGGCUUAGGAGCGGUUGACCAAAGGACACCCAUAGUCUCACAGAACUGUCUGCCAAACUAAAAAACCAACUCCAUUCAAGAGAUGCAUGCCGGCUAGUCUGAGAUCAAUUCAGCUGAUAGAUGUAAUAUUGUGCCAUAAACUAACUGUGCCAGUGUGUGUUCCGUGUAUUCUUUAAAGGCUGGCUGCGACCCUAACAACAGUCAGUAAAGCCUCAGUUCAUGUAACCUGACUACAAGUCAGCACUGCCGUCUGACUGCGGUGAAUAUUUCCACUGGCCCAUUGCUGGCUGAGUGGCAACUCAUAUGAAUGUUGAUGCAGCUGCAUAGGCGAAACAGCUCCUGGAAUAAUGUGGACUCCAAUUGUUGGCUCCUGUGGGUUAUUAUUGUUUGGUGUGUGCCAUCCUGCAAUCCAACCAAUGAAUAGCGUCCUUGCCAUAGUUGUGGCAGUGAUGGUCAGUGAAGGGGAAGGCCACACCUCAGGCCAUCUCAUGAAGCAGUCUACAGUGGUAACCAAACAACAGUAGUGAUUGAUGUAUGGUAGUGGUCUGACCAGAGACAGAAGGAUGUGCCUAAACAGUUCUGUAGCCAUGACAAUGGAUCCUGUUGGUACAGAUUCGCUUUGCACCUCUGGCAGUGAUCACACUGCCGUGCCCAUUUAUGACAGUCUUUACUGAUUCCAAGCAACACCACCUUUUUAGUCAGCAGCCAUACAGUGGCUUGUAAUCCUGGAUGCAACAGUCCACAGAAUGUAUCAAAAACACCAUGCCAAAAAAGCCUGGCUAUGAAAACUCUUGUCAUGCCAUGCAAAACCUCACACCAAAAAGUUAAAUGGUCUGAUAGCAUCAUCACUUGCUUGGAAUGUCCUUGCUCAUGCAGGUUACAUACCUCUGGUUCAUGUGCUCAUGCACGUGUAAUGUUGUCCCACUGUAUGGUCUUCACACUUGCACAAUAUCUUGACAGAAAGUCAGUAACUGUUUUUGCUGACUCUUAUGCGGCAGACAUUUAUAUGGCAAACAUCUGUUGUGAAUUGCAAUAUGUAGUUCACUUGUCUAAUCAACCUGGGCAAGACAUUUUGGACUUUUCUGGAAUAGUGCUGUAAUCAGCACAUGGUCUGUAUAAAUUGUGAAGGCUCUUCCUUCGAUCAAAUCUCUGAAGUGCUGGACUGCUGCAUAGAGCUCUCUGUCAGUAGCACUCCAUGACAUUUGCACAUCUGUAAGUAGUUGGGGAAAACAAAGAUAAAGGUUGCCAAGCCACUUCGAUGAAUUGUUGGAGUAUUGCCCCCACAGCCAUCUGAUUUGUUAGUCGUGAGAGUCAACAGUGCCUGAAACUACGGCGCACCGGCAGGACUGCCUGCACAGCAUACUCUCUUGCUUUCUCAAACACUGUCCCUUGUUCCAGAUUCCCGCAUACCUUUUCUGAUCCCGUCAUGUGUUUUCCUUUGUGCAGAUUUUUUUAAUGGUGGCAGCAAUAUCACAGCUUGGAGUAAGUGCCACUGAUAAUAAUUUAGCAUUCCAAGGAAUCUUCUUAGAUCUUUUAAUGUUUUUGGCCUAGGAACAUUCUGAUUGGCCAUCAGUCAUUCUGCAAGUGGUGUGAGCUCUCCCAGUGAAACCUCAAAAUCCAUGGAUUUCACUUUGGCCUGACCGAAAAUGCACUUGUCAUUGUUCACCACUACACUGGCGUCCCAUAGGUGUGUAAAAACUUGCAGUAGAUGUUUCUCAUGCUUGUCUUGCAACUGUGUACAGUAUAGAAUGUCAUCCAUAUAACAGAAUAAGCAGCUGAUUCCAUCGAGGGAUGGGGUGAGGUGGCGUAGUUGUUAGAAUACUGGACUCACAUUCAAGAGGAUGAUGGUUAAAACCCAUGUCCAGUUGGCCUGAUUUAGGUUUUCUGUGAUUUCCCUAAAUUGCUCCAGGUUCCUUUGAAAGGGCAUAGUCAACUUUCUUCCCCAUCCUUCCCUAACAGGAUGGGACCACUGACUUCGCUGUUUGGUCUCCUCCCCCAAGUCAACCAACCAAUCCACAGAGGACCUGGUGAAUGACACAUAAAAAUAUUCAAAUAACCUUGGCCAUGUCAGACAGUGCCACCAGAAUUUAUGAGUAUGUGCAGGUGAAAUCAGUGAUGGAGAAGAUUGUUGCACCCACCACUGAAUUGUUUGGAUCUGUAACAUUUGGUGUAGGAUGCUGAUCCAGAAUUGUCCUCGAAUUCAAUAUCCAAUAGUCAUGCACAUCCUUCACGUGUCACUGCACUUCUUCACCAUGUGCGUAGGUGAAGCCCAUCGGCUUUCUGAGAGCCUCUCACCACAUUACUGGUCUGCCUGUCUGUAUCAUUUUUUACUGUUGCAAACUUCUCAGGGCUGUGGCAUGGUUGUCCUGGCAUGGUGUGUACGAAAUGAUGUGUUUUAUUCUGAACUAUUGCCUUAGCCUCUGACAUAAAAAAAUACCUAAGAAUUUGUUUAGAAUGUGGCACCACCCUUUGUUGGGACUAGUCAUUAUGAUCAAUGCCUUUUGAGUAGCCCCCUCCUGAUGUCCACUACAAAAUUCAAAUAUUGAAAAAAUAAUCUACCCCCAGGAUGGGCUCUGUAAUGUUCACAGUGAAAAAGUUCCGUGCUAAGUGGUAUUGUAAACUGAGAACUAACACUACUCUCUGUAAUUGUAAUUCAUGGCCAUUAAAUGGAAAGGUGUUGCUGUACUCUCUUGGUGAAACAAAUCUCUCGGCAACUCACCAAUAUUCAAGUCUGUGUCACCAAACAGUCCUUCACUGACCAUCUGUCUGCCACAAACAGUCAUUUGAAUUGGUCUGUAGUAAUUGUAAAUCCAAUUCUCAGAAGUUGCCCUUCAUAUUCUGAGUUACUUGUUGUUUGAUUUUGGCAGUAGAACUGCAUCUCUUCAGUCUCUUCAAAGUUAAAAUUCUCGCACCACAUGUGCACUAACACCCUCCUAGGAACAGGCUCGAACUUCCAGUCCACCUGCAUGUUGUUUCCUGUGUGCUAUACGUAUUCCAACUUUCAGUAGCCUCCUCUGGUGCUGCUGUCAUUGAACUCGGGACACAUGCCCAAUUGAACAGUUGGGCAUGAACGAUGCAAUGGCUACAGAAGGGGGGGAUUGGGGAGGGAGCCUGAUAAAUCUUGUGUGCUGCCAUGGUGCACCUUUUAGAUUUCGUUAACAAGUUUGUGUACUGACAUGAUGCCUUGCAUUUUCGUGCCUUGUCUCUCAACCUUGGAUGGAACCAGUAUAAACGAAUCUUAUCAUAUCGUAACCUCUCUUCAGACUGUCUGUUGCCAGUGCCAACAGCUGGGUUUUACAUCUGUCGCAUGCAGCUUGUUUUGCAGAGCUGCCACUUAUGUGGUCAGAAUCUGAAUGCUUUCUGCUAGCUGCUUGGUGGUAUGAACUGGUGCUUUACUCUUGAUGCUUGCUCUGGAACCAUUGUGCAUGCCCAUUUCUGAAAUGCUUGUUUCAGGGUCUCCAGCUGAGAAAUGACGCAGGCGACAGUGCUGCCAGCUUUCAGUUCUGAGCAUGCCACCAUAGCCUCAGCUUUUUCUGCAGAAACAAAUAGAGAGUUUAUUGCUUUAAUAAUCAGAAACAAAAUAAGAUUUGGUAUAAUGGAAAAAAUAUGCUGUAAGGCAAGACAAAGAAAACUGUCUAAAGAUAAACCACACUUCACUGUUGACAAUACUGUGAAGAUGCUGAGUCAACAGAAGGACUGCUAAACAAUUAAUAUUUCAACCAAAAGACUCUCUUCCGAAUAAGAAAACAUACACACACCCAUUCAUACAGACACAACUCACACAUGUGACCACUGUCUCUGGCCACCGAAGGCAGACUGCACUGUUGCAGUGACUUAUUUGCCAAUCACUUGUCCACUAAAAGUGCAUUUGACAUUUUUCAGAUAUUUUUGAAAUGGUUAUUUUAUUACUAAUACUGCCUUUAAGCUCUAAAUGUUCUUUGUGAACUACUGCAAGUCUUCUGAACUAGUAGUUCAAGUUACAAGGGUUUUGUCAUUAUAUGAUUUUGAUUGUAGGAGGGGAACUUGUGUGAGAUGUUGUUGGCAAGUUAAUAUAAUGUAAGUCAAGUCCAUAACAUGAACAAAAUAAUGGUUUUGAUUACUUGAAGCUAUAAUGAGUCUAUCCUAAUUUACCAUUAAAGUUACAACAAAACAUUCAAAUUUUGCUUGUAUGUUUUAUAACAAUGUUUUGCCUAAAUUAUUUCCUGUAAAUUCAAGUUGUGUUCAAUUUUAUAUGAUAUUCAUUUUAACAAUAGAAAUUUUGUAGUGAUGAAUCAAAGGAAAUGAUAAUGUAAAGACUUCUCUCUAAUCUCACACUGAAUAAUAUCAAUUGUUUUGUAUCUCUGAGCAGUGGGAUGUACUGAUGAUGUGGAAGAUGCGAAAAGUUAAAUGUAUGCCAAAGUGCACGAGACGGGGACAGUCUGUAGUAUGUCUAAUGAGGGUGGUCAUUAUGUAAAGUCAGAACUUACGAGCAGUUAAUAGAGUGACCACUGCAAAUGUAAUAAGAAAUGAGAUGUAUUACCCCAGGAGAAGACUGAGCAGUGCUCUGUGUGAUUUAUUUUGUCUGUGAAAUAGAUUUGGUUAUUGUAACAUUGGAUUGCUUGUAAGUACUGUGGCAUGCUCUCUUGUAGUAGCAUGACUGAUCUACAAACUGAGGCAAGAAGAAUAUCAGAUUGCAGUUAUUGUGGAAAUUUUCUGCUGUAAAUGCUGAUUACCAGCAUUCAGUAAAUUGUCUACAUCACAUGCAACAAGAGGUAUGAAUGCAAGCUACAUUACUUCAAGAGGAUAAUGUGGUUACUCGUACAUGCUAGUUAGUACAUGGAGCCACUGUUAAGAGCAGUUAGAAUGGAUGCAGUUUGUUGACCAUUGAAAGGCCAGAUUUACUAUUUGAGUACAUGGUAUUGAAACAGGGAGAAGGUAAAUAUUUGUGAUCUUUUGUGCAAUACAAAGUGUAAAAAUAUUUAGUGUUUGCUAUUUGAUGAAAAUUUCCUUGGAAAUCCAUUCAUAUUAUGUAACUGUGUGUGUGACUAGAACUUACUAAAGAUUUGAACACAAUUACUGCUACACUGUAAACUGGGAGAGUGUGCAUUUUCCUAUGUGUUUUAUUCUGCCUGGUUCUAAUACAAAGAGGCCUUCAGCCAUUCAACAUGACAACCCUUAUUCAAAAUCAUUAAAGUAAGAGGUAACCAUUUUCAUACAUUUAGAAGUAAAGUAAUAAGUAAUUUGUUGAAAGUAUUUUACAGAAACAGGUUUUUCAUUUUACUACUACUGGCAUAGUAGAAGUGAUUAUUUUGUUGUUGCUUCAAGCUCAUGAAAGUUAAAACAGUUGCACACUUUAUUGGUUCACUGAAGUCCACAGAUAUGAGAGUGGCUCGAAGAUAACUAAUAGAAUCCAGUAUGUUGUCUUCAAUGGUGAGUGUUCAUCAGAGACAAGGGAAGUGUGAUAGGUUCAAAUGGCUCUGAGCACUAUGGGACUUAACUUCUGAGGGCAUCAGUCUCCUAGAACUCAGAACUACUUAAACCUAACUAACCUAAGGACAUCACACACAUCCCUGCCUGAGGCAGGAUUUGAAUCUGCGACCGUAGUUGUCGCACGUUUCCAGACUGUAGCGCCUAGGACCGCUCGGCCACUAAGGCCAGCAAAGUGUGAUAGGACUGCCAUUUUUCUCUUUAUACAUAAAUGAUUUGGCUGCUAGCUCUAAAUGUAGAAAAAUGUAAGUUAAUGCGGAUGAGUAGGAAAAACAAACCCACAAUGUUCAACGCAGCAUUAGUAGUUUCACAUACAUGAACAGAAAAUGCUUAUCAAAAUCAUAUCUCACGAGAACCUAGAAAUUUAAAUGUCAUAAGUUAGUAUAUAAUGUAUGAAAAAGUCCCUUUUCUCCUAUCUGGUAAAGAUUCAGAUGGUAUCAUUUUCUUGAUACUCGUGCCAAUAUAAUUCUAGCCAUAAAUGUGUACAGAUGUGGGUCACUCCAUAACAAAUUGCCGAGAAUUGUUAAAAACUGACGCCCACCCCCAUACAAAUCCUUGAAAUCUUGUGUAACUGAAGUUCACCUGUUGCAGGACAAGUACUUUCCAGUUAUGAUGUAAAGAAGUUAUAUGAAUUCAGGAGCUGAGACUGUCAUAGACAAGCUCCUACCUAAUUUCAAAAUGCAAUAUUUUCAUCAGUUUUUGUAGUAGAACCUUGUAUUUUGUUUAGAGAGGAAGAUUUGUAUUUUUAUGUUCAUGUUCCUUAUAUUGAAUAUUGAUAGAAAGAAUUGUAAAAAGUUUCUUUUAAAUGAUACUUGGUCAUUAUAAUAGUUAUAAGGUAUUGCUCCUAAUAGAUUCUGUUGAAAGUUUUUCUGUAUUACAAGUAUUUUUCCCCUCCUAAAAGGAAUAAGCUUGUAGAAAUGAAGGAAGGUGGUAAAACUAUUUAAAUUGGUGGCUUAUGACUAUCCUGUCACGUGUAAAUUGCUAAAUGGGGGCUACACUGGAUUUUUCUAGGGCCAAAUUAUAUAUGAGAUUUUUUUUUUUAUUGCUGCUAAAUGUAAUGAAGCAUCCACUUCCUUUGAGUUGUGUGUUCACUGAGAAUACAAGUUCCGAGCUCUUGUACUGACUUGUGGCCUGAGAAAUGUGAAUGCACUAACUAAUCAAAAAGCACUUAUAUUAUGAUGAAGCAAGCCAUUUAUACUAUUUAUAUGUCUCUUGUGUGACAUAACUCCUUGUGGAGGUUGUAAAUGUACUGU